GUAGUAUGCGGUGGUUAUCUAUGGUGGCUAUGAUAGAGGGGCGGGUUUGCACCAUUUUGCUUCUUAUUCGUGUAAUAUAGCGGUUGCUUUCCACAAAGUGUGGGGCUGCUUUGCAUCAUGGCGACUGAUGACGACGUGCGAGAUAACGUGAAGAAGUACUAUGGCAGUCGACUGGUAUCCACUGACGAUUUGCAAACAAGUGCUGCUUCCUGCAGUUUGUCUUGCCGCUCAUUGCCGAAGAGUGUCAGAAAUGCACUGAGCCUGGUUCACCCGGACGUAACCAAAAAAUUCUUCGGCUGUGGCCUCCCGUUUCCAGCAAAGCUUGAGGGCUGCAGAGUCCUGGACCUCGGCAGCGGCUCUGGCAGAGAUGCGUUUGCCUUCAGCAAACUGGUUGGGGCAAACGGGCAUGUGACGGGGAUUGAUAUGACGGAGGAGAUGAUCACAACGUCUCUUCAGUACAUUGAGUAUCAUCAAAAGAAGUUUGGCUACGAGGAGCCCAACGUCUCUUUUGUCCAGGGCUACAUGGAGAAGCUCAGUGAGGCUGGCAUGCAAAGUGACUCAGUGGAUGUUGUGCUAUCCAACUGUGUGAUCUGCUUGUGUCCUGAUAAAAGAGCCGUGCUGCAGCAAGCUUAUGAUGUCCUAAAGGAAGGAGGUGAGCUCUACUUCAGUGACAUGUAUGCCAGCAAAGUCAUUCCUGAUCACCUGAAGCAAGACCCGGUGCUCUGGGGUGAAGGAAUGAGCGGUUGUCUGUUUUGGCAGGAUCUGAUUUCGUUGGCCCAUAGUGUAGGUUUCGGCACACCUUGCCUUGUUUCGGCAAGCCACAUUGUGAUCUACAACAGUGAGCUCAAAGCAAAAACAGGAGACAUCAGCUAUGCUUCAUGUACUUACCGGAUGUUCAAGCUGCCCAAACGUGCAGUCAGGUCUAAAGCUAUGGUGAUCUAUAAAGGAACUUUGGAAGAUUUCCCAGAUCAACUGGACUUUGAUUCCUCCCACUCUUUCAAGAAAGAUGUGGCAAUGGAGGUGAACGGAGAAAUGGCAGCGAUCCUCCAGAGUUCCCGUUUCUUUCCGGAAUUUAAUAUCCAGAUGUCAGAUACACCAGAGUCCAGCUCAGAGUCGACACCACAGUACUGCCACCUCAACCCAUUUCUGCUGGCUGACAAACUGGGAUCGUCAGUGGCACAUUGCUCCAAACUAAAUAAAUGAAGACGCAGCUGAAUCCCGAGGAGGACCUUGAUUACUGAGCACAAUUAUCGAAAUAAAUUUGAUUAGGUUUAUUUUUUUGAGUCCAAGGCAGCACAUCAGAGACACAUUAUUUGAUGUGUUAAUCAUCAACAAGAAGGACAUUCGUGUCAGGUGUCAAAAUAACAAUAAUAAUAAUAAUAAGAAGAAGAAUCAUGGUUUAUAUCUGUUAAUGCUGUCACACAAAUAUGCUAACAACUAAGAGUGAUCAGAUACUGCAAUGAUAACUUUUGUAGAAAAUAAAAUUAAAAAAAAAUCACAAUAAAUCUAAUCAACCUG